AUGGUUGCAUUCAGGCCAGCUCGUCACACUAACGAAUCGGACUCCCCACCGAAGCGUCCGCAUCGUCGUAUCACUCCCGGUCAUGGGUUGUUGCGCACGGUUCCAAUGGGUGGAGGGGAGUUCAUUGAUCUACAGCCUGAUGGGAAUGGUUUUGAUAUGCUGAAGGCGUUGAUAUUGAAGAAGAAAGAGUAG